AUGCCCUCUGGUAUAUCUUUCGGCACAAUAGUUAAUUUAGACAUCUUGGAGGCUCAAAACCCUGUUACAAGCCCAGGCUCGGCACCUUUAGGCAAGUCCGAUAGCCAGGUUUAUGAGCACUUGGGUACAUGGCGCGAUACACUGGCGGCGAUGGGGCGUGGCGAAGCUACUGCUCCAUUUGUGUACUGGCAAGCCCCAGAUGAUACCAGAGGGGGAUAUACAUGCAGGCUUUCACGCCACGCUGCACCCCAUACUGGUAAUUCCAAUUACACACAUAGUCGAUCGGCCGCUGUCACUUGUCAACAUGACUCGAUAGCAGUUCAGCCCACGCUCUUGCACAACAAACAGCUCUCCUGGAGCUGGUGGACCGAGAUUAAGAGGCCACUAAAGAUGGUACGGUUCGGCGAGGAUGCGGUCCGUCUGAGGGGGCAUAAACAGAAGGCGUCGAGUUGCAGAGGAGGGAUACUCGGCCACCGCGACCGCACAACGGGCCCGCCGGGCAAUUGCUCUCGGCGAGUCAAUACGAGAACAGGUGAGGAUGGCGGUAAUGGUGCGGUACAUAUUGUGGUCAGACCCACCCCAAUCGUGUUGAUACAUGGGCAGGUUGCACAUUUCCCAGGCAUAUUCUUCCUUCACCCCAUCCAUCCUUCUUCACUGGCUCUACACCAUCUCUGGCCAGCGCUGAAACCUGGCUUCGGAUCACGGAUAGAGAGCCAUGGCUUGCCUGUCCAGCUCAGCUCGACUGCUGUCUGCACCAACCUGGCCCCUGUUGGUGUUAGAGUUGAUAGCGGAGGGCGAGGGCUGCUACCAUCGCUCCAUCCAUGUCGACAGACACUUGUGCCAAUGGCGACUUGGGGCGCCUGCUGCCCUCCGCCGAGGAGACCUCUCCGAAUCACCUGCAGCCAAGGCGCGUCGCGACACUUCUCUCAAACUUGA